AUGUCGAAUAUGAAGCCUCCUGAUUCUAAGAGAGAAGAGUUUCGAAAGUACCUCGAAAGAGCAGGUGUUAUGGAUGCACUUACAAAGGUACUUGUAUCUUUGUAUGAACAAACAGAGAAACCUGAUGAUGCUUUAGAUUAUAUUCGUCAAAAUCUUGGAGGUAUCACAGAAGUUGAUAUUGAAAUGGACUUACUAAGGAAAGAACUGGACGAAACUAAAGCUAAGGUUACUGAGCUAAAGGCAAAACUAGUGAAGUAUGAAGCAGAUGACGAUGCAGAAUAAUUAAUCAUAAAAUUUUAAAUUAUAACACGAAAGUGGACCCUGUUGGAGACUGACUUUCGCUGGAAGUUAGACAAUGUGCCUUACAAUAGAAAUACCAACCAACUUG